AUGCAUACGAGCACCGUAAUGGAAGCGGCACUUUUGGAGAGAGUCGGUUUGCUACAGAGGUGGCACAGCAACGUGGAUGAGGCAGAGAGGACAAUGGAAACACAGCCUCUCUAUAUUAGGCUGUGGAGCAAGCUCGGGGCAGGAUUAAAGGGGCACGACAGACCCGGUAUUGAGGUCCCAGCUGACGAGACUGUGACCGUUGGCGAUUUGAAGUACCUUUCCCGGUCUGCCUUGGAUGCCGGGGAAGGGAGCCCAGGUUGUGGAACGUCAAUGGCAGAAACUGAUACUUCAAACACGGGGUAUCGGGGCUGCUAUGUGUGCAAUGGACAUGAAUGCCCACUCCCGCAGCCGGACUUGUCUCAGAUACCAGUGCCGGCUUGGGCCGAGCUGGGCAAAUGGACUGCACAUCGUUUGCAGAGGCCUACGGCGUACGAAUUCAACAAAGAAUUCGCUGCUGCUAGAUUUUCGGUGGCACUGGCCGCGAAAACCGCGGCUGGUGGAGGCACUGAAGCCGUUAAAGGGGCGAGCAGGAACGUCCAGUUGCGGAGCUUUUCGAAGAUCACGGGCUCCAAGACGAUGUGGGCAGAAUAUGACUUAAUGACGAGCGUAUGGCUCAGUUUUACUGUCGUCUCGCUAUACAGGAGUUCAGGAAUGCAACCGAUACUAGCCUUCCAACAAGCAGCAAUGGCUUGUACAAUUCCUGACUACGACGGAACUCCGGAUGGCGAGGAUCCGAAAUAUGCCGCGGCGGCCCUUGAGGUAUCGACUCAUGGCUUCGAUAUUAUCGCCAAGCACAAUGAGAAAGGUACCGCGGGUGCAGAAAUGAUAGCGGCGGCCCUGACCAGGCCAGGCUACGGGAGGUAUACCAAGCUUCAAGGGGACACGGGGCAUGACCUUAGUGCCGUAGAUAGAAACAUGUGGCUGCACAUGCGUUGGUAUGACGGAGGAGUGGUGCCGUACUUCAUGUGCCACGACUGGUCACUCGAAUCGGAACUGGGUCGACGUGACGGCAAACAGAUUUGCCACCUUGUCAAUUCCUGUUACGACGUCACGAUCUGGCUCAACGACCUGUCGGACUAUGCGUUGGAUAGGACGAUUGGCGAAGGCGGGAACUCACUGGUUUACGCGGUCAGCCAGUCAGGCGAGUCGAACCCCUCAGUACUGGCAGAUUACUGUUCGGCUGUGAUAGAUCGAGUUUGCGAGUGCACGUGUGGGUCGAGAAGCCACACGAUCGCGGCCGAUAUUGCGGUAGGAUUCACGGCCAUGUACUCGCUAGCUUUCCGGUACCGGGGCUUUGAGAACGCGUGGUUAGCCCGUAGUGUAGAGCUCAGUGGCAUCGUGCAGAGGGGCUGGCUCAUAAGGGGCGGCUCCAGGGCCCAAUGGCCUAGAGUGCCGUAUAGGAGCGAUUGGGGCCCCUUGAGUACGGAGGUACCAGCUGAAAUCGACUUAGAGACCAGCAGUAAGUGCUGGCAAGCGCGCUGCGGUCGGUUGGCUGAGAGCGGGCCAGGGCAGCGCCUGGUCAACCACAUCCUGACACGGUAUAUUGAGUCGAGAAGCUACGAUAGAAUUAUCGUGCUAGAGUCACUCCAUGAGUUGUGGUUGGUUGCUGAGCCGGCAGUGAGCAAAUUGGGAGGCAACGCAGAUACGAUAUACACAAGUGUGGAAAUGUUCGUUCUGAGUGUGCUUGACUGGCCGGCAAUAUUCACGGCGCCAGGCAGGGAAAUGGGUCAAUGCGCAGUACGCGACAAGGUUACCCUUGAGAAUAUCCUGCUGGAGAGCGCAGCGUACGGCCUGUGGUGUUGCGGUACUAGUGAGACGAGUGACUGGGUACGAUUUUUAACGGGUCUGGUUGCGAGUGUAGCUGAACUGACAGUCGUUGCAACGUAUCGUAGGAUACCGACCUUGUGGUCUGAUAACGGAGUAGCCUGGGAGCCUAUGGAGCACAAGGACUGCACACACCCCCCGAUCAUAGACUGA